CGCGCGGCGCUCUUUCCGCGGGGCUCGUGCCUGGAAGCCGCGUUUUCAUAUAGAUAAGAGGAGGCGACCUGCCCGUUGAAACUGCAGCAGGACGCUAACGUCACAAGCGGAACUUUAACGCGGCGGCAGGUUCUGUGUCGGUGGGCGUGGAGUGAAGGGUUCUGGUGAGGUUUCUGGCACUCUAAGCGGAAUUUGGACUCAAACGGAUAUUAAACCUUUCCAGAAGAUCUUCCUAAUCUGGAUGUCAGAUUAGAUCACCAUGUCGGAUCCCCCCGACCCUGGGUGGGAGGUUGCAAAGUGGCUAUCUGCCCUCCGCCUGUCUCAGUACACGUCCGAGUUACAACAGGCAGGCUACCGAGCCGUGGAGGACUGUAAGGAGCUCACAGACCAGCGGCUCUUUGAGCUGAACGUUUUCCCAACAGGCCACCGUAGACGCAUCCUUCGCAGCUUGGAGGUUUUAGGCCUGAAACAGUUGAGCGGCGAUGAAGAGGAACGGGGAGAUCUGGAAACCGCGAGGAGCCAGAGGAAGCCAAUGCCCUACCCGAGACGAGUCUUCCUGAAGGACAGAAAGAGGGGCAUGUCAUGCCAACAGCUUCAGGAGAAAAGGGAGCCCCAAUCUGAAGGGAGUCAGACGUUGCCUGCAGGGGCAGGACUGGGAGAAACCUCUUUUUACCCUCCAGGCAGCCAGCAUGCCCCGUUCCCUCAGCCGGCGCCACGGAACCCCCAGAACAUCCAGACAUCCCUGCCUGCCUCAAUAUCCUCAGUCAGCAGCGGGUCGUCGUCCACUUCUGAAAUCUCCUUAGAUGGGGAGGUGUCUUCCGAAGAGCUGUCCACUGCUGUGGACGCGGCGCCCCCUGCGGCUAACGCCCCUUUCCCUCUGCCGAGCAACGACGUCAGCAGGGACGACUUGAAAAUGGUUGAAAACUCAAUUUAUGAGAUGCAGCCUUCGCUGGAGCAUCGCUCGGGUCCAAGGCCCACUUGGUCCUACAAGUUAAGACACCGACCUGUUCCUGAAAUCCCCAGCCUAAACCCUCUAGUGCUUCAGGACAGAAGCGCUCCGCCUGCACAAACAACCAACAGCGAACAGCUAACCGGCUCCGAUGGUCCCACCGGUGCGAACGGCACGCAGAAAGCUCCCGUUGAAAGAAAGUUGACUCCCAUUGCUCCCUACAGCGAGACAUUCCUGUACAACAACCCUGAAACGGCCCCGGUCCAAAGUGCUAAAGAAGGGCUGCAGAAAGGCUUGAAGGUCAACCUAAAGCAGAAAAAACACAGAAAAAAAUCCAAGGACAAAGUUUGUGAACCUCCUGCACCCGUCCCACCAUCCCCCUGUGAGGACGAGUACUCGACUGUUGAGGAGGGCGCUGGCAUGUUGCCGGUGGCUUGUUCAGAACAAAGCUUAGCCUCAUCCGUGGAAGCUAAGGCAGCCGCUGCUGAAUCCAGGGUCAUGGUGAACUGCGACCUCUACUCUGCGUCUACAGAUGCUCCAGCGACUGCAACCAAAAAUGAAAACCCUGACAUUUCUCCAUACGCAUGCUUCUAUAGAGGCCCCAAACAAGCAGGGCUCAGAGUGGGCUGGCUUGACAAGCUGUCACCUCAAGGAAAUUGUGUAUUUCAAAGGCGGUGGGUGAGGUUUGAUGGUGAGAGUCUGGCCUACUACAACAACGAGAAGGAGAUGUACUCUAAAGGUUUGAUCCUGGCCAGCGCUAUCAGACAGGUGCGGGGAUUAGGAGACAACAAGUUUGAGGUCAUCACCUCCCUGCGGACCUUCAUAUUCCGGGCUGAAGGAGAAGGGGAGCGCCAGGAGUGGAUUGAAGCUCUUCAGACGGCCACGCAACCCCCUGCCUGCAGCUCCCAGAAGCGCUCCAACACCCUUUCCCAUCUUUCCUCCACAAACAAACGAGGCUUGCUGGAGCUCCGUGGUUACAAAGGCAAAGUGCUGGUGUCCCUGGUGGGAAGCAAAGUCAGACUCUGCAAAACAGAACAGGACUAUAAAGCGGGGUUAGGUAUCAGUGAAGUUGAGCUGACUGCUGCCAACAUUAGAGAUAUGGACCGCAGGGGCUUUGAGAUCAACACACCGUUCAAGAAUUUCUGCUUCACAGCGGAGUCAGAACAGGAGAAGGCGGAAUGGGUUGAAGCGAUCCAGGAAUCGAUUGUGGAGACGCUGUCCGACUAUGAAGUGGCGGAGAAGAUCUGGUUCAACGAGGCCAACAGGAGCUGCGCCGACUGUCGGGCGCCACAGCCGGAGUGGGCGUCAACCAACCUGGGUGUGGUCAUCUGCAAGAAAUGUGCAGGACAGCAUCGCUUCCUUGGUCCGAGCAUUUCCAAGGUGCGCAGCUUAAAGUUGGACAGCAGUAUCUGGAGCAAUGAACUUGUGGAGUUUUUUCUGGAAGUGGGAAACAAGAAGGCUAACAGUUUCUGGGCCGCUAACCUACCUUUGGAAGAGGAACUCCACAUUGGCGCUUCCACCGAGCAGCGGGCCACCUUCAUCCGGAGGAAGUACAAGGAGAGAAAGUACAGGAGGCUCCUUGAGGGCUUUGAAUAUGUGGUACAGCUCAAUCAGGCCUUGUGUGCCUCCGUGGUGACACCUGACGUACUGCAGACGAUGGCGCUAGUCUUCACUGGAGCAAAUGUCAUGUGUGCCACUGGGGAUCCAACCUACUCCACCCCCUACCUCCUGGCCCAGCGUGCUGGACAGAAAGUGCAGAUGGAGUUCCUGCACCAAAACAAACUAUCUGAUUUUCCUGUCGUGGAACCGUGGUCCGAAAGUGCCGCUCUUUCAGAGAGCUCAGUUUUCAUGGACGGAUUCCUCUACAUCUCCUCUGGCCCGGUGAAGAUGAUUCUGGACCGGCGCGGAAGAGAUGAUAUGGCCCGCCGCUGGUGCACUUUGGAGGGCGGCACCCUGAGUUUCUACCAGAGCGAGCGAAGCUCCUCCGCCCUGGGAAGAGUGCAGAUCAACGAGGUGGUCAGCCUGGCUGUCAGCAACUCAGAGACAAUUAUUGGAGCUGGGGCGGUGUUUACGGUGGAGCUGUACCUGCAGACAGAGCGGGCGCUCACUAUCGGAGCAGCAACGCAGGAUGCACAGCAUCACUGGAUCCAGGCGCUAACAAAGUGCUUUAUCCCACCGAAAUUUGAGGGACUUGUACGGAAAGGCGCCGAACUGAUCGGGAGACUGCACUACAAGGAAGGUCACGACCUGUACAGCUGGAGGGUGGGCUGGUUCAUGCUGGAGGGCUCUGCCUUGCACUUCAGCUCAGGAGACGAAGAGGGACUCCUGCAGCUCAAACAACUCCAGGAACUCACUGUCUCCACACACACUCAGGGCGAGGACAAGAUCCAAGUCCUGCUGAUGGUGGAGUCUGGAAGAACGGUUUACAUUCACGGCUUCAACAACCUGGACUUUUCUCUGUGGCACUCUGCCAUCAUCUUGGCUGCAGGCACUGGCAGUAAAGCUCUCAGUGAACAACAGCUGACAAAAAAUGGUAUUCCAAUUAUAUUGGAGAGCUGCAUUGCUUUCGUCACACAGUAUGGUUUCUGCCAGGAGGGGGUCUACGAGAAGCUCGGAGACCCCACACGGGUGGGGCUCCUCCUUGAGGAGUUCAACAGAGACGCUCGGAGUGUGAAGCUCAGGGAGAAGGAGCACAAGCUUGAGGAUGUGACCGACACCUUGAAGAGCUUCUUAAACCAUUUAGAGGAUGCACUCCUGAUCAAAGAACUGUACCCAUACUGGGUGUCUGCUCUGGAUGAGAGAGAUGAAAGUCUCAGAGUGAAGAAGUAUUCCACUUUUAUCGAGAGUUUGCCAAAGAUCAACAAAAUGACCCUUGAUGCUUUGCUGCAGCAUCUCUACAGGAUUCAUCAGUGCUCACACCUCAAUCACAUGCCCAGUGAAAAACUGGCCGCUGUCUUCUCCUGCUGCUUCUUCCAGACUCAGGGACAAACCACACAGGAAAUAAGCGUAGUGCAAGACCUCAUCAGGAACUACGUUACACUCUUCAGGGUCAACGAAGACCAAGUGCAACAGAUGGAAAGAGAGAAUAGCUUUAUCACACGCUGGAACGACAAGAAAGACACUUCAUUUUGCCCAGCGGGGGAUUUGAUCUUUGAGGUGUACCUGGAGAAGAAGGAGCCAGAGCAAUGCUUACUGAUAAAGGUUUCUCCCAGUAUGCGGCCCUUGGAGCUAGCAGAAACGGCGUUGAGAAUGAAGGGUGCCACUUUUGAAGCUGACGGGUGUUGGACAGCUUUUGAAGUAAUAGAGAACGGAGAGCUAGAGCGACCGCUGCACCCCUGCGAGAGGAUCCUUGAGCAGGUGUUGGAGUGGAGCACUUUGGAGAGCCCCAGCUCUGCUUUUCUUGUCAUAAAAAAGUUUCCCUGGACCAAGAGAAUCCAGGAUGACAAAGACCAAACUCAGUUUAAGAAAUGUGACAAUGUAAAGUUCAGCGAUGGCUCGUCUAAACUGCUGUCGGGACACAAAUUCCAGGAGAAGUAUGUUGUUCUGCGUUCAGAGAAGCUGCUGAUCUACAGGGAUAUGAAGAGCACUAAAGUAGAGAAAGCAGUUCAGCUGAAGUUUGUAAAAUGUUACCUGGGCCUUAAGAAAAAGCUCAAACCUCCAACCAAUUGGGGUUUUACGGUUUACAUAGACAAACAGCGAUGGCACUUCUGUUGUAACAAGAAGGAAACACAGGUCAGCUGGGUGACUGACAUCAUCGCCAUGAAGUACGGGUCUGACCUCCAUCUAAUGCCCGCUAAUCAUAUGGAAAAGUCUGAUUUAGAAUUAUCCUUCGGGCCAGUUUUAACUGAAUGCAGCACACUUCCCCAGCAUAAGCUUGCAGACAGGAGAACCUCUCUUGCAAAUGAUGAGCUGCGGAACGCCAAGGUAUCAGCUCUUCACCUCAAAACAAAGUCUAUGGGAAACCCAUCAAAGUGCAGCGACCUGCCCAUAGCCUCACUUGCAGAGAAAACCGAUAUCUCAGAGAUAUCCUUUCCGGGUCGGCUCCCUCCCCCAUCCAAGUCCAGACACUUACAGCCCAUGCCCCUCCCCCCAUCCCCUCAAAGUGGCUGUAAGACCCCGGGUAAAAGACCAGGUGUGGGUGGGGACAAUUUUAUACCCCCAAAUCUUCUAAGUGAACUGAACUCAGUGCUGAGCAAGACUGGGCGGAAGGCCGAUGACUGACCGCAAGAAAAAAGACGGUGAGGUACGGGGUCAAAUGUGUCCAUGAGGCGCAGAAGAAAAGACCCCACUGUGCUUCAAGGAGCGCUGGGCAAUUAAAGAGCUGCCGAUGCACAUGGGAUUCGGAAAAGCAGGUGUAGAAAACAGCGGAGGUCAUGCAGACCUUAGCCAGACAAGGUCCCGACCCAAACACUACACGUGAUUUAUGGAACAGUCCUGAAGAGCAAAGUGAAAGUCACGAGGCGCAUUCAGAUGUUAAAAAUAUUGCUUAGUUCAAUGUCUUUGCUUCAUCUUUAAAGAAUUUGUAGCUGAUGCGCUUUUUCAUCCUUCUCAAAGAUUUACGUUGUUCCUUAAAGCACUCUGGCACCAAAUGUGUCCUAUAGGUUGUCAAUAUUUAACAUUUUUUUAAUAACACUUAUUUUUUAUUUUUUUUAUGAGUAUAAAGAGCAACUGAAAAUGUUUUUAACACAGGAAACUAUUAGCGGGAAUAAACCUAAGCAAUGGUAUUAUUAUAUUUUUUUAUAAAUUGAUUUUUUUUUUUUUUUUUUUUGCAUUUGUUAAUACUACAACCUUCAGUAGCCUCUGCAGUUUUUUUUAAAGCUUAUUAGUGGCACACCACUUUAAAGUUUAAAGUGGCUGCCCCAAAAUGAAAUUUUAAUGCAAACCAUGAAUAUAUUAAAACUCUCAGGCUUACAUCUUUUUUCCCCUUUUUUUAGUGAGCAAUUGAAUUUUUCAUGACAACAAUUUUUCAUUUGACCACCAUUUUGCACUAUGCUGCACCUGUACAUGUUUUUAUUACCAGUGUUACAUGUUUACUAUACAUUGUAUAUAAAAUGGGCUUUUAGUUUUUAAUAAAUAAGUCAAAAUUUAAAAGGAUUAAAAGGGUUACCUGUUGAAAUGUGGGAAUAAAAUUGUAUUAGGUGAGACCUAAAGUUGAAGGAACUUCGCGUUGGAAUCCAGUGAAAUCUUCAUGUGGGAGUCGUUCAAAGACCAUCACAGAGCUGGUUUCAUCUGAGAGCCGGAAAACUAACAAAGAAGAAGAAGUUUCAUCUUAUGUGCAUUUCUUCAAAGUUUCUAGGAGUUGACUACCUGCUAAAGUUCUGAGGCUCACGCUGGGAAAAAAGGUAAAUCCUGAUGUAGUUUUUUUUUUUUUUUUUUAGGGGGAGUAGAAAUAGGCAAUAUCAUCUUAAAAUAUAUUCCAUAAAGAAAGAAGAUGGGUAACCACAUACCACCGUGCUCAGCUGGGUAUCCCCUAAAGAAAGCAGGGAAGACGUGUGCCCUAAAAUUCUUUUACCUUGAAAAUCUCUGGAGUUAACUGCCUCAAAAUGUAUUUAUAAAACACACAGAAACAGACGGGACUUUUGCUGCUGGUUUAGACAAAAUAAACACAUAUUUAAAUGUGAUU